AAAAUUCCUUUGUUUAUAUCAAUCAAUCAAUUGACGGGCAACAGAGCGUUGGUUUCGUUAUCAUCACUUUAGUUCUGGAUUCAAAAAUCUAAUAUCAUAAAAAAAUUAUAUAUAAAUAUCAAGUAUUACAAGCAUAUUCUCUAACUUUUUUCAAUUCUAAUUUAUAGAACAAAAUGGCGGUGAAUAAAGUUGAACCUUUAUGGCAAGAUCGGGACAUAAAAUUUGAUUUAUCUCCUGCAGAAAUGCAAUAUCACUGUGGCGAAAAACUAAUCGAUAAAUUAGAUUCGGUGGAGGACACAAAAGGAAACAGUGGCGAUGCAGGGAAAUUAUUUGUGACAAAUCUUAGAUUAAUUUGGCAGUCUCACGUUAAACCUAGAGUUAGUUUAUCUGUCGGUUUUAAUUGUGUCACAAAUAUGUCAACAAGAACCGUGAACUCGAAGCUUAGAGGUAUGACAGAGGCACUUUAUAUUCUGACUAAAGUACACAGUACGCGAUUUGAGUUUAUCUUUACGAAUUUAAUCCCUGGAACAACUAGAUUAAUGACAUCUGUCAUCAGUGUUUACAAAGCCUAUAAUUCCAGCAAAUGGUACAGAGAAUUAAAAUUAAGAGGCAGUGUUGUGCUUAGUAAGCAACUAAAGGUUCUGCCCCAGGAACAAAUAUACAACAAAGUUAAUGGAGUGUGGAAUUUGUCAAGCGAUCAGGGUAAUUUAGGUACAUUUUUUAUUACCAACGUUCGCUUGGUGUGGCAUGCAAACAUGAACGAAUUGUUUAACAUCAGUAUACCUUACAUUCAGAUUGUUUCUCUGAAAGUCCGUGAAUCCAAAUUCGGAAUGGCUCUUGUUGUAGAGAGUUCAGAAAGUAGUGGAGGCUAUGUUCUCGGCUUCAAAAUAGAUCCUGCCGAAAGAUUGCAAGAAGUUUUCAAAGAGAUAUCUAAUUUGUAUCAAGUGCACAGUUCAAAUCCUAUAUUAGGUGUAGAUUUUUUCAUCGAAGAAAAAACUCCCAUUGAAAAUGAAGUCCCGCAAUGUGCUCCCCUCGAUGAAGAUGUUGAAAUAAUAAAUUCGAAAGAAUGCGAUACAUUCGCUGCAUAUUUUGCUGAUGAAAAUCACCUUCGAGAUCGGGAACCGGUAUACUGUGAAGAAUUGGGAUUAGCCGUGGAAAAAAUAAAAGAUGGCUUCACCAUGAGUAGCUUGUGGGAAGUUAUACCAAAUUCUUAAAACUUUUCAGCUAUUAUGCAUCUUUUCAAAUAGCACAUUUUUAACACCUGCCCUCUUCAUUGCAAUUUGAAAUUCUUUCACAGCUUACACUCUUUGAAACUUAAGUGUGUUGAACCUUAAAUACGAGCAAUUAGUUUUACAUCUGUAUACCUAAAUUAUGGGCUCUGGUUGUUGAGAGCUUAGAAAGUAGUGGCAACUUACUUUCUUGGUUAAAAAUUAGAAUCUAUUGAAAAUUUUCAAGAAAAUUAUACCAAAUGCAUGUUUUGAAUCCUAUAUUAGGAGUGGAUUUUUUCACUGAAGAGCAAAAUUCAUUUUCUAUAAAAGAAAAAUUAUUAUAUUUUAAGGAAACUAAAUCUUACAAUGUGUUCCCUUUCUGGAAAAAAGAUGUUGAUAUAAUGAACUUGAAAGGAUGAUAUAUUUUAUAGCAAAAUUUGCAAGCGGAAAUAGCUUUUAUGACCAGCAGUGUACUGUAAAGAAUUAUCACAUGAUACAUUUUAAACACCUACCUCUAUAAUCAAUGCAUUUUGCACUGUUUCUAUAUUAACUCACAUUUAGAGAAACAUAUUUCGUUGAAAAAAGUUGCCUUAUAUACUUAAAAGCAUAAAAUAUAAAUAAAAGCUAGUAUUUUUACUCAAGAUUGUGAUAAAUGUUUAGUGCCUCACUUAAAUAAUCAAAAGAUAGUUCUUUUUAAAUAAAGUACACAGUCAAAAUUAUGAACUGACUACAGUAUGCACCAACAAAAGGGUAAAAAGGAAAAAAUUGUUUAGCAUCAUUUUGAAUUGUUUAAAAUUAUCCAAUUUUUUUACUUAAAUAUUCCUUAUCUAUUAUCCAGUUGUAAUUAAAUAUAAAACAACAAGUGGAAAUUUUGAAACCAUUGUUAAUGAUGCAUUAUAUUAAGCCUGUGAUGACAAAUUUUUUGAGCUGUUUGUCAGAAUUUUGAAAAAUCCUAAUUUAACUCUAAUGAUUUACGAUAUAAAAUAUUCUCAAUUUUUCGAUAAUUAGAGUCAUAAUAAAAAAAUAAACCACAAAUAAUGUACGCAAAACUAUUUUUAACAGGAUAGAA